GUUAGAAAGAAUUUUUUUAGAAGAUAGGGAGUAUUUGUACGCAGUGUACCCACAUGACACAUGAGUAUCUGACAUCCAUUUCCUGAAAUGGACAACUCAAACACCUGAAUUCCUGAACUCCCGAGAUCGGAGCGGUCGUUUUAUAGUUUAGGCGCGAGCCUAACAUCUGCUGCACUUCUUCUCUGCGCAAAGUCGGCAUAAUAGCUUGGACUGAUCACUGAUAGUCUGCGACUGAGUCGCCUCGUAACUCAACCGCUGGCCCGUUUCGUAAGAAAUGCUAAGCCGGGGAUCGAAUGCUCGGCUUUCCGGGAUUGCCAUCCGAUCGCCAAUUUCUUCUCUUAUGCUUGCCAUGUUCUCCACCAUGGCUUCUCUGUACGUCGCCGGCCGUUUAUGGAUUGAUGCGGAAAAUCGGGUUUACUUAACAAAAGAGCUUGAUCGGAUAACCGGACAGGGACAUUCUGCCAUCUCUGUUGACGACACUUGGAAGGUCAUAGACUGCAGGGAACAGAUGAAGACACUUUCGUCCUUGGAAAUGGAGCUAUCAGCUGCUAGACAGGAGGGUUUUGUUCCUAAGGAGUUAUCAGACGUAAAUGGUAAUACUAAGAAAAGGCCGUUGGUUGUGAUUGGGAUUUUUACUAGCUUUGGGCACAAAAAUGAUAGAGAUUCUAUUCGCAAGGCAUGGAUGUCCACAGGUGCAGCCUUGAAAAAGAUGGAAGAUGAGAUGGGUGUUAUUGCCCGCUUUGUCAUUGGCAGAAGUUCAAAUGGUGGGGGCAGCUUGGACAGAAGUAUUGACAACGAAAACAAAGAAACCAAUGACUUUUUCAUUCUUGAAGACCAUGUUGAGGCACCUGAAGAAAUCUCAAAGAAGGCAAAAAUGUUUUUUGCCCAUGCGGCUGAUAGGUGGAUUGCUGAUUUUUAUGCCAAAGUAAAUGAUGAUGUUUACGUAAAUAUUGAUGUCUUAGGGAACACACUUGCAACAUAUGUGAACAAGCCUCGCGUAUAUGUUGGGUGUAUGAAGUCCGGUGAAGUCUUUUCUGAGAAGGGCCAUAAAUGGUUUGAACCAGAUUGGUGGAAAUUUGGUGACGGGAAAACGUAUUUCCGUCAUGCUUCUGGGGAGAUGAUUGUUAUAUCACGAGCAUUGGCUAAAUACAUAUCGAUAAAUAGAUUAAUUCUUCGUACAUAUGCACAUGAUGAUGUCACCGUUGGGUCUUGGUUCAUUGGUGCUGAUGUCAAGCAUGUGGAUGAUAAGAAGUUUUGCUGUUCUUCUUGGUCCGCAGGGUCCAUCUGUUCGGGUGUAUAACCUUUCUAACUUGAGGAUAUUUGAAACUUUAUACCUGAAAGAGAUUGGGUCAAUAUUGGGACUUGGAGAAUUAUACUCAGACCAGUCUCAGAUAUGAUAUUGGGACUUGGAGAAUUAUACACACAGAUGUAUAGCCAUCAUAUGUUCAUUGAAAGUAGCGAAUUGCGAGGUGACAUACAACGAAACCGUUCCUUAUGUUAGUUGUGUAGUUGCUUUAGAACUAUGGGAUUUUUAAGUGGCAGAUAAGUACAUACUUGGUUAAUUACCCUGGUCAUUCUUGCCAGUUCAAGUGUACGCUCAAAACUAUCAAAUAUAAUAAUUACAUAAAUAUGAGCCUUUUGUAUUGGUACUUGAGGUAUUAUUGCAAGCAAACCUAAUGUCACACAUAUAUUUACACAACUGAUUUAUAAUUCGAGG